AGCAAAAAUAAUGAAACGAAACCCGUAGAAUUAUUUAAAUUACAUUUAGGUAAUUGUUUGGAAAAACUUAAGCCAAAGUUGCCUGAAUCAUUAACCUAUAAGCAAGCAAUUACCGAUUAUAUUGGUAAAGUUGGAGAGUUAAUUAAAGAAACCAUUCCUAAAUAUUGGGAAGGGAUUGACUUUAUGGAACAUAUUCUUUUGGUUCUUACUGUACCAGCUGAAUAUUCAGAAAAUGAUAAAGCUAUAAUGAGAGAAUGUACAUUCAAUGCUGGAUUGAUCGGUGAGAAAAAUUCGGAAAAGCUGCAAUUUACAACUGAACCUGAAGCUGCUGCAAUAUAUUGUAUGUAUAGUAGCUUAAAGGAACACAAACUUACAGAGCCUGGAACAACUUUCAUGAUCGUCGAUUGCGGUGGUGGUACAGUAGAUUUAACAACACGUAAAUUAUUGGGAGAAAAUCAGUUAGGUGAAAUCACUGAACGAGCUGGAGACUUUUGUGGGAGUACUUUCAUCGAUAAUGAAUUUAUUGAACUACUUAAAUAUGAAGUUGGAAAUAAAGCUGUAGAUUUGUUAAGAGAAAGACAUUAUGGUCAAUUGCAAUAUUUAGUUCAAGAAUUUUGUCAAAAUGUUAAAUUACCAUUUACUGGAAAUAAUCCACGUUUUAGUUACGAAAUGGAUCUUGAAGAGAUUGCUCCUGCAUUAUUACAAUAUGUUACUGGUUCAGAGAGGGAAUCGAUGGAAGAGAAAGAAUGGAUGAUUGAGAUUUGUUUUAACACUAUUAAAUUCAUGUUUGAUAAUAUUAUUAAUAGAAUUAUUGAAAUGAUUCGAGUUCAAUUGGAUAAUUCUUUAGGACAAUGUUCUGCAAUAUUUUUAGUUGGAGGUUUCGGUCAAUCCCAAUAUUUACAGAAAAGAAUCGAAGAAGAAUUCAGUCAAUCAGUAGAAAAUAUUUCAGUUCCAAAUCAACCUAUUGCAGCAAUUGUACGUGGUGCAGCGAUCUACGGAAAAAGCUUACAAAGAUCAAGAAAUUUGAAGAGUAUGAAUAAUUCAAAAUGUGUUAUUGCGACUCGCAUAUUAAAUAAUACGUUUGGAAUUAAGUUAUAUGAUAAAUGGGAAGAUGGAGAUCCACCAGAUCGACUCUUAUCUGGUGAAAUGAUUAUUAAAUUUUAUCGUAUUGUAGAACGUAAAACUGAAGUUCCAUUUGAUCAAGAAUUUAUAGUUGAAAAUUUGUUUCCUAUUUAUCCAGAUCAAACUAGAUUAUAUUUUGAAAUAUUUUACACCAAAGAACAGGAUGCUGUUUAUUGUGAUGAACCUGGCAUGAAAUUGCUUGGGAACUUACGUAUUGACCUUCCCGACGUUCAUUUAGGAAAUAAUAGGCCUUGUACAUUUUGUAUAUCAUUUGGUGAUAUGGAAAUUAAAGCUAGAGCAUUUAAUCAAACAAAUGGACAAAAUUAUCAUACAAAGUUUGAAUUAAGCGAUUUUUAGAU